UUAUUAUCAUUAUCCUUAUCAUUGCUACUAAACACAAACACGCGCGCACACACAUUCUUACGUGUAAAAUCUUUCAUCUUUUUAAAACAUAUCUUAUAGAAAAUGUUACUUGAGUUUGACAUUUAUAUCCGCAGCAUCCAACUUAUCAUCUUGGUCAGACCAAUCUUCUCAUAGUCCCGCCUACCGGUAUUUUCGUGGACCAAUCCAGUUAAUCCAGCUAAAUCACAACUAGCGGUGGUGAUUUUUUUCAACCAGAAAUUUCUGAACAUGGCUCUCGUUCACUCAUUCACUUUUAUGCUGUUCUGCAGUACCCUCAAAUAUUUUUUUUCAACAUUGAUAAUUUCUUGUAAUAAAUUAAUUCAGUCUUAAGACUUCAUUCUUAAAGUUUUUUUCCACUGAACUUAAUAUGUUUAACAUAGUUAUGUGCAUUAAAAAAUAGUGUUAUAAAAAGUGAUCAAGAAAGUGAAUUAAAAUGAUGUAAUACAAGUGAAGUAAUUAUAACUUGACUUUUGUUACUAAAAUCCGUUUUAUAUUAUUUUUAAUAUAAAUUCUUUGUAUAAAUUUGUAUUUUGUAUAAACAAACAUGCAUUUUCAAAUUUUAUGAAUACAUAAUGCAGAUACCGUGCAGAUUUUUGACAAGUUCAUAGAAAAGACGAUGAACGACAUUAAUAUUUUCAUCAUGGAUAACGCUAAUUGUUCUAAACAAUUGAAAUUUGGAAUGGAUCGCAUAUUAUCAAAUGAAAUUUGCACAAAAAAAACAGAUAUUCUUAAGCCACUUCCAAUACAACUUCCAUCAAUACGUUGUCCUUGUAUUGAUAAUUGCGAGCGAUGUGAAACUGUCACAACUUGUACUUUAUUUCCACAUGCCCAUCAUUCAUCAUUAUCGUAUUAUGAAAGCAUCACAUCUGCACCUUAUACUGGAUUAAUGGAGAAUUUAGGAACUUUGUAUCGACCAGCAGCAUUACGUCCGGUACCAAGAGCACUUAUUUCAUCUUCCUCAACAGUGAAUUCUUCAGAAACAAACACACGAAGAAAAAGAUCAUGGUCCAGAGCUGUCUUUAGUUCUUUACAACGAAAAGGUCUGGAAAAAAGAUUUUCUCUACAGAAAUAUAUCACAAAACCAGAUAGGCGACAAUUGGCAGCAACAUUAGGUCUAACCGAUGCACAGGUUAAAGUUUGGUUUCAAAAUCGUCGAAUGAAAUGGCGGCACACAAAAGAAAGCGAAAACACUACGUUGACCGGCCCAGAUUCUACUCAAAAAGAUUUUCCGCAAAAAUUAAUUAAAUCUAUCACCAAUGAUACAAUGCAAGACGAAGAAGAUAUAGAAAUUGAUUAGAUUUAUAAAGACCGUUACCCAAAUUGGGUUCAGUUUGUCCAUCAAUAAAAUCUGGGGGAAAUUAAAUCUUUAUGAAUAAUAGAAGAUGUAAUAAAAAAUGUAUUAGCAUUUCCCUAAAUAAUCUGGCAAGACUUAGGGUAUCUAGUGUCGUUAAAAGAUUUGAAAAUAGCAAAAAGAUGGAUUAUAUUGGUAUUGACGAUAAUGUCCUAAAAUCGCGUUCAUAUAGGUGAUAUUAGAUACAAUUUCUGGUUAUUGCAUCAAGUGCUGCAAAAAAUUAGUGGUCCACACCCUGUGUAUUUUUGGGCAAUAUUUCUUAUAAAAUUUUUAUAUAUAGCAAACAAAUUUAUUUUAAAAAGCUAUAAACAUUUGUCAAAA